AUGAGCAACGAAAAACACUCCGAUUCGUUAGAGUUCUCGGUGCCGUUGAAAGAUAAUGAGGGCCAGGCUCCCCAGUGUUUGAACGAGUACGGUCUUCCCGAUAACCUCAGAUCUACGAGAUCCCUAGCGAUCCGCAAAACAGAAAUUUUGUCAUCACAGUACGACGCAUGGUAUUACCGUGUCUGUUUACUCAUUUCGGCAUUCAUCUGCGGCUACGGCUACGGUUUAGAUGGUAGCCUGCGCUAUAUUUACACCAGCUAUGCCACCAGCUCUUUCGAUGACCAUUCGCUUCUGUCUACUGUCGGUGUCAUUAACAUUGUCAUCGCGGCAGCCUCGCAGCUGAUAUAUGCCAGACUUUCGGAUACUUUUGGCCGUCUAUCUUUGUUUGUGACGGCGGUGGUGUUUUACGUGGUGGGCACUAUAAUUCAGUCUCAAGCCUUUGAUAUUCAAAGAUAUUGCGCAGGUGCCGUCUUCUACAAUCUCGGAUAUGCCGGUGUUAUUUUGGUGCUUUUGCUGAUUCUGUCCGACUUCUCGUCUCUGAAGUGGAGACUGCUUUAUCAGUUUGUACCAACAUGGCCUUUUAUCAUCAACACUUGGAUCUCCGGUAAUAUUACAGAAGCGGCAAAACCGGAAACAAACUGGUCCUGGGACGUUGGUAUGUGGGCGUUUAUUUUCCCCCUCUCAUGCAUCCCUAUCAUCGGUUGCAUGCUGCAUAUGAGGAUAAAAGCUCGCAACACCCCAGAAUGGGCUGCUUUAAAGGAGGAAAAGACUUAUUACCAAAGACAUGGCUUGGUUAGAACAUUGGUAGAGAUUUUCUGGAAAGUAGAUCUUGUUGGUGUCUUUCUGAUAACUGUUUCCUUGGGUUGUAUCCUUGCACCUCUAACAUUGGCCGGAGGCGUCAAAACACAAUGGAACAACUCGCACAUUAUAGCACCCAUUGUUUUAGGUGUUGUUUUGAUGCCAGUUUUCCUAUGUUGGGAGGGCAAAUGGGCGAGAGACCCGCUAGUUCCCUAUGGCCUGUUGAAGGAUCGCGGAGUCUGGGCAGCUUUAGGCGCAUCGUUCCUGAUUUAUUUCAUCUACUCCCUGGCAGCUGGCUAUUUGUACACACUCUUGAUUAUCGCGGUCGAUGAGUCCGUAAAAUCCGCUACGAGAAUUAGUUCUUUAGCCACGUUCCUCUCAACCGCGAUUUCUCCCAUUUUCGCCCUUUUGAUAACAAGGUGCACCAAGCUCAAGCCUUUUAUUGUUGCAGGCUGCUCAUUGUGGAUUCUAGCAAUGGGUUUACUGUACCAUUACAGAGGUGGUGUCGAGUCUCAUUCCGGUAUAAUUGCUGCGCUUUGCGUAUGGGGCGUGGGGACUACGAUGUUCACAUACCCAGUGACCGUUUCUGUACAGUCAGCUACAUCACAUGAAAACAUGGCCACUGUCACAGCUCUAAAUUACACCUCGUAUAGAAUUGGGGGUGCAGUUGGCACAGCCGUUUCUGGUGCUAUUUGGACGCAGACUCUCUAUAAGGAGUUAUUGAAUCAGUUAAAUGAUGCAACGUUGGCCACGGCUGCGUACGCUUCUCCUUUUACUUUCAUCUUGGAGUAUACUUGGGGUACUCCUCAAAGAGAGGCGAUGGUUAAUUCAUACCGUCAUGUUCAGCGUUACGAAACAAUUGUGGCUUUAGUCUUCACUGUUCCUCUGCUACUGUUUUCCUUGUGUCUCAGAGAUCCUGACCUAACUGACAAAGUCGCGCACGAAGAUAUUAGCAGCGAAGAAUAUAUCGUCACGAAAGCCUCUGAUCCAAUUGCUAAUUGGUUUUCGUCGAAAUGGGAGCGCUUGCGGAGAAGAAAAGAAGCGUAG